AUGAACGCGCUGUACGGCGCCACCAGCAUGUGCUUAGCUUGCGAGCCCCGGAUGCCCACCCUGCCCAGAGCCGAGCCCCCCAGCAAGGGCACCGGCCCCCAGUACUUCACCUUCGACCCCCUGCCUGCGAUGAGCGAGACCCCUUCCCGCAGGAACCCAGCCCGGGGCAGGAAACGACUGCGCAAAGUGCUCUACCCCCCUGUGGUGAAACGCUACUAUCCAGCCAAGGAGCGCAGCCAGGCCAAGCGCCUGCUCUUCAUCCUCCUCACCAUCAUCUUCUUCCAAGUCUAUAACACCGACGAAAACCUGGCCCUGGGGCCCGAGCAGGGGGUCCCCGACUGCUCUGUAGAGAGUGGGGGCUCCGGCUGCGAGACCCCCCUCCCAGAAGUGCUCCCAACGCCCCCGGAGGUCCCAGAGGUGGCCAACACUACCAGUUUGCACGAGGGCCAUGAGGCUGCCAAAUCCACCAUGGAAAUCAGCCAGUUCCUGGAGCAGAAUCCAGCCGCUUUCUGA